CAACAGAGAGAAAAACGAGGACCGAAGUGCACACUGCACAAUUUGUAAAAGGCCUGCUAUUUAUAGCGGAAACCACAGCGAAACUUUGAAAUCAUGGCGUCCGGAAAACCCGAACCACCGCCUCCCACCGACUAUCGCUACGAUGCUCUUCCUUCUACUCCUCAACAAAACCAAUAUUUCGUUGUCUUACCCUUCUACUCUCCCUCCGGCCACCUCAGGUGGCGUCGAUUAUGCCGUCGCUACCUCUCCUGCGCCAGCACCAUCCUCCUUCUCUCCGUCGCUCUCUACUUUCUCUGGCCCUCUGAUCCUUACCUGAAAGUGGUAAAUCUCCGCCUCGACCGCCUGAAAAUACACGCUGUUCCUAAGAUCUCCCUUGAUAUUGUGUUAGGUGUAAAAAUUAAGGUUCGUAAUCCUGAUGUUUACUCGCUCAAUUACGAGUCUCUCAAUGUCUCGGUCGGGUACAGGGGAGAGCAGCUAGGGUUUGUCACAUCGGAUGAUGGAAAGGUUAAGGCUUUCGGUACAUCGUAUAUCGAUGCUACACUGGUUCUUAAUGGAUCAGAAGUGAUCUCCGAAGCGUUUUCUCUGAUUCAAGAUCUGGUGAAAGGUUCGAUUCCGUUUACCACGACCCCUGAAAUUCGCGGCAGCCUUGGAAUUUUCUUCUUUCAACUGCCAAUUUCGGCCAAGUUAUCAUGUGAGGUUGUGAUGAACAUAAACAAUCAAACAAUCGAACGACAAGAUUGUUAUCCUGCGUGAUGUGGUGUGGAAGAACACUGACAAAACUAAAGCUAUCAAGAAGGAAACAAAUCAUGCUAUGGUUUUAGGUAAAUUCUCCUUAAAUUAGUCUUUAUUUUUUUUUAUUUUUUUUCGGGGUGAUUAUUGAUUAUUGUGCUAGAGCUGAUUCAUAAAAUAAACCCCAAUGUAAAUAUAUUAAUAUAAUGACAUCAUACACUCCAGUUUACAUAUUGUUACUUUGUUA